UUGGUAGAAAAUAGGAAUUUAGUAAAGAAUCUACCUUCCAUCCUUCCAUAAUAUUCGCGCGUUCCCCUUCGUCUAAUACCGGUGUCGUAAAUACGGGUAAAGUUGAUGUGAAUGUUCGUACGUAACAGAAACACUUAUGGUGCAGUUUCGAUUCAGUUUCUCCUUCAUUCGCUUGUCGCAGCCGCGGCGCUUUAUCGCGUUCGAAUCCACCGGACAGAUUAGGCGUCGAGAUCGGGUGAACAUUGGACAAGUGUUGUGAAAUCGUUGUGAAAAGCAUGGGAUUAUUUCCCGAUCCGCCUAUAACGCCGAAGCUCAAGAGGCGCCUGUUCGGUGGGGGUGGUUCCGGGAGUAGUUCGUCCCGUAAGAGUGAAAGUAAUGCGGCAGGGGGCAACGAUAUUGGAAAUCCCGGCGGCGGUGGCAGUAGCAGCAGCACCGAAAGAGACUCCAGAAGACAUGCGACCCGCCUUCAACAUGGAAGUCGGAACGAUAGCUUUGGCAGCAUGUCGAAGUCGUCGACUCCGCAGCAACUGUCCACGUCUUGGGAGUUCAUUCGAUCCGUGUCAGCUGACAAUCAGUACGAAGCGGAACGCGAAGGUUUGAGCGAAAUAAUUGCCACCCCACGGUACCUGGAGUUCCUGAAAAACUAUCGCGAGGAAGCAGCUGCCACGGCUGCGUCCGACGCAACGCUAGCCGUCUCCUCCUCGCCACGCUACAUCGAGGUACGAAAGGGCCGGAUCGUGCUCGAAUCGUCCUCCCAGCAACAGCAGCCACCUCCGCUCCCAAUCCGAAACGGUGGCAUACACCACCUCCCCGAGGGGGAAAAGACUGAUCUUCAACACCAGCAGCAGCAGCAGCACCAACCGCUACACCAUGGCCGUGAUUCGGUUUUACGAAUCAACCGCGAAAAGGUACCCGCUGGAUGUCCGGAUGUCGGGGUCGAGAAUGAGGCAUCGAUCCCAUUUCCGCCCCUACCACCAUCGCCACCAUCCUCGCCGACGGUACUACGCCAAGGAUGCAGCCCGAACGCUUCUUCGCCCCUGCACGAGUGUGGGAAACUUGUGCGGAACACUUCCGGCUCGGUUUCGGACUCCUGCAAGAACACGGAAUUGUUGGAAGCUCGCAUUGCGGAACUAGAAGAGGCCUUAUUAAAGCUACAAGAACGAGUAAACCAAAGUCAAUGCAACUCACCAACAUUGGAAAAGGAGAUAAAGGAGCAUUUAGAAGUUAUGAGCAAAGCGAUGAAGACAAAGGAUCGAAAAUCGAUGCAAGUUUGUCGAGAGCAUAAAACACUGCAGGUACGCUUUCAGAAGCAAGAAAACAGUCUCAUGGCGCUGCAGAAUGAGAAUAAAUCGCUACACCAAAGAGUACGGCAGUACGAGACGUGCCUGGACGACAUCAUGCGCAAGGUGGUUGAUGCACUCGUUGCGGAGGAUAGUCUGCGGGACGAGGUGGCGAUACUGAAGAGCCGGGUGCGCGACUUGGAGGCACAGAAUGCGGCACUCGUCACCACGCACGCCAGCCCGGCCAAGAGUCGCGAUGAGGGUUACUGUACGAUGAGCUCGGGACAGCCACAACCGCCGACGGAAGGACACCUGGAGGAGCUACCCGAAGAGCCGGAACAGUGGCUGAUGUCGGCGGAACCCUGCACGGCCGAUAUGGAGGACUGGAGCAUGUCACAGGAAGAGCUAGCCACAGCGCUAGACGAGGAAAACCAUGAAUGGAUAUGGAACUCCAGCUUUCUGACGACGGCGGAAACGCAGACUGAAGACAUUACCGCCUUGCUACACGAUCAGAUUGUGUACUCGGAGGACGAAGAGGUAGCAUGUACGAAUUUCACACGUGACUUUUAUCGACUAGUCAGCUUUACGUCCGGAAGUACGCGCAGUUUACACUCUCCAGUGGCCGCGGGCGGCACUGUUCGGGAGGGUAGUGUGGAGCUAAGCACGAGCGAGUCGAAGGAUACAAGCACCAGCACGCUUGGGCGCCGCAGUACAGCGAGGGGAACUGUUUGCGAUAGCAGCGAUGAAGACGUAAAUGAACGACUGUCUCAAAGCCCGACACCGAGCGAAGGUGGACGGGCGCAAGUCCUCAGCUGUUCGUCGAGCGAGUCGAGCGACGCAUUAACGGAGAAGCUGCAACUACCAGCAUCUUCCUCACUGUCAUGCAGUGCCGCAACAACCAUCGACGAGGAGGAGGAUGAGGUGGUUAUUCGCAACCAAACGUCACCGAAGAAAGGUGCCCAAUCUCUGCCCCAAUCGCCAAACCGUCGGUUUAUGGCAAAUAAGUCGCUGGAAACGGAUGUUGUACAGGGUGCGGUUUCGACCAAUCCUUCACUGUCGCUCAACACGGCCGAUCUGCUGCAGGAUGUGCUGAUCACGUGCCACAACCAGCUGAAGGGUAAAGCAGCCACAAAACCCGACAGUGUGGCAGCUGCUCGUGCUCAAUCGCCUGCGUCUUCAACCUGGCGAAGGAGUACGGGAUGGCGGCGAAUACAGCGCGGUAACGGUGUGCAUGAAACGCACAUCCCCGUUCCGAUUGGCGCGAAGGAUAGACUCAAAUCGCCUCCACCGGUACCGAUUCGUCGAACUUUCGCCAGCUAGCCGACCAUCUGCCCUACUGAGUAAUGAUCUUUGGCGCGUGAAUGUACUCCCCGGCGAGUAAAAAGUGGUCUAACCUAUACAAGGUGCUUGCUCCGCACAAGUCCGAAAUAUGCCCAAGACUUACAAAAUAAUGUCGAAUUAAUCAGGUUAUGAAAAGCAAACGUUUUACACGUAUGAACACACCUAUAUACACCAGUACUGGUUGUAAAUGUUUUUUUUUUGUUGAAUGGCAAUGGAAGCAAUAAUCGUUUCCUCCACUCUCGACACGCGAGAUAAAAUGUAAGGAAGCACAUACACACAUACAUACCUAUAUAAUACAUACACACGGAACCAUAUAACACCUUAGAGCAGUAGCGAUGGAAGAAGGCAACAUUAACAGGGCUCAUACUAACUGCUUUAACGUAGCUGUCUUUUGUGCUACUACGUUAAUGAUUCCUCAGAAUAAUGGUGUUGAAAUGCAAGUAAAACUUAGAAAUUAAACCGAAUGAAAACCUCUAGACCGUAAGAUAACAACAUUUGUGAUAAUACGUUUAAAACAUACAACUCAAAACAAAGAGAUGAAAACAAACACGCAGCGCAACCUCUCGAAGCAGGAUGCGCUAGUACCGUACUGAUAUGAUACACACAAAGACAACACUGAUAAUACGCAUACGCUGCCAGCAAAACGAAUGUCUCACCUCAUACAUUAAUUGGCGUAUACAGUUAACGAUAGUCUAGAUUGGUAAUAGACCACGGAAGAAGGUUGGAACUGUUGGACAAUAAGAAUUUUUGCAGCAUUUCUUUCGCAGCAUCUCGUGCAUAAGCGAGAGACAGGCAGCAACGAUCCCGGGGCGGAACCUAAAUCUUACUUACCAGAAAGGUUGUGAGCGGAAUGAAAAGAAUCAAGGCCACAGGGAAAUCGCAUGGCACGAUUAGGGCAAAACGUAUUUCCAAAUGGGAAGAAGGGUACGUCAGCGCAAUGCUGGCGAGGACGGUAUUUAUGUUCCAAUAACGAUUGCAGCACAACAAAACAGCGUCUGCUCGUUUGCAAUUUACGAACGCAUAACGAUAAUAAGAGCAACACCCUGAACGAACGCUAUUUAUCCUUUAUGCUGAUUAGACGCGAAAUCUGUUUAACAUUACCCUCACUUAACAGCGAAGCGUAAACUUAAUAGACUAAUUAUACUACUUUCCGCAGUAUAUGCGCUUUGCUGCUUCUUAUGGAACGUAUAUUGAUUUGUGAUUUGGAUUUGAAGAAGAUGCUUUGUUCGCUAUUGCUUUGCGAGAUGCGCAUAUCGAUCAUGUUGUUGAAUAUUUUUAUUGCUAACACUUGACGUUAGGUCGGAAAGAGAAUAUUGUUUUGCUCGUACCCCUCGUAACAUGCCAAUAUUUUGCUAACCUUGCCGCUACAAAAGUUACUCUCCGUUUUGUUGCAAACAUCGAACUCUCACGAAUUUCUCGUACCGGAAAUCGUAUAAACAUUAUCGAUUGUUGUCGAGAGACAACAUGUUCGCUUCGUAUAGUGUUACCGUGAGUGUUUUACCUUAUAACUAUGUAUAUCAGCCAAAUUGUAUGCUAGCAUUUCUAUACUCUUCGUCGCGCUUCAUAUCUUACCAUUUGUCUAUAUACAUACUAGUUGCGAUGAUUUAUUGGCACCUAUUUGCUUAGCGGGAACACAUAAUAGAACACAUUAAACAUUAGCAUGAUGAGUGUGUAACACACCGAUGGGGGAGGGCAAAAAAAAGAAUCAGUAACGAGUAGAAAACAACACGCAAGGUACAAAUAGGGAAUGCGUCGGUAUUGUGUUUGGGUGUUGCGAUUAUGUUGUACGGAGGAAAAAAGUACGUUCACUAAUAGAUGACGGUAUGGUUAUGGCUAAUAAUGAAGGGUUUAUAGGAAAACAGAUUAGAAAUCAACCAAAAUCAAACUCCUUUACUACAGUUUACUCGGCAACAGAGCGAUCUGUUGAUGAGUUUCGUAUGAUAACACACUUGUUCUUGGUAGUCACACCUGCUAACACCAGUUCACGAAAAGUAAUGUCCCAGGUGGUAGAAACACUAUUUUACUGUAUCACCCUAGGACCUAACUAUGUAAUGUGCAUGUCGUUGUGUAGAAGCGUGUCGUUCGGAAUGAAAACAGUUUGGUAUGGAAAGAUUAGUAGGAAAUUUUGAUAGCCAGAUACUCGGGAAGCAAACGCUAGCCAGACCCAGCAUUAUACACAAGUAGCUAUUCGACUAUUCGUUUGUUCGUGGUCAAGUUUCAAAAUAUCAACAAUCAUUAGUGCACACAUCAAUAGCAGCAAGUGGGCAGAAAUGAUGAGGGUUUUCAUCUGCCGGAGCAGGAUGUACAUGUUCGAUAAGUUCUUCUUGUAUACAUACUAAAUGUUGAAAACCCCCCCGGUGUACUGAGGCGACGCAAUGCAUUAUACACUAUUUACUUUUUUUGUAAUAAUUUCUUAUAUAUAUAUAAGGACCAGUUAGAGGGACUUUUACUAUUUAUAUCGAACUUCUAAACACCGCGGCUGCUACCAUGAUUGUGAGCCGUUACGGUGCGGAUUAUAUGAUCGGGUACGUUUGUAGAUGGGUGUGCGGUUGGGCAUUUGAGCAUAGAGAGUGGCUCGAAUGUCGGCCGCACAUGAAAACGAACAACUUAGAAUGGCCUUCGCCGAUCGAUGAACAGAGUAGGGUUUGUGAAAAAUUUCAUGAUAGUAAUAUUAAAACCUUUUCAA